GCCCAGUCCAAUGAUAGGCAGAUCAGAAGGGUGGAGGAGGAAGCGUCCUCCAUCAGGACCGCCAACCCGCAAGCGAGAGAUGAGACGCUGGAGCAGUUGCUGGCCCAAGUUCGCGAUUUACAGGCCCGAGUCGAGGGGAGGAAAGUUGGAGGCUCGAGGGGACAUCCGUUCUCGCAGCACAUCCUGGAUGCCGACCUGCCGCAAGGUUUUCGUGAUCUAAACAUAAGUUAUGAUGGGUCGACCGAUCCAUCGCGUCACAUGAGGAGUUUCGAGAAUAUGGCACUGCUGCAUCGUUAUAAUGACCCGGUGCAAUGUCGAGCCUUCCUAUCGACUUUGCGGGGGUCUGCGCAGGAUUGGUUUCAUCAACUACCAGCGAGAGCCAUCAAGGAUUUUGAGGGAUUCAGUGCGAGCUUUCUCAAUCAAUUUGCGAGUGUCAGACCGCAAGAGAAAUCGUAUUUGACCUUAAUGGGCAUCCAGCAGAGAGAAGGUGAGUCGCUACGAGACUAUGUGGCGAGAUGUACACGAGCAUGCGUCGAGGUGACCAGGGCAUCGGAGGAAAUAAAGGCAGGAGGUUUGACCCGAGGGUUGCUACCGGGCUUGUGCAGGAAUUCUUUGGCGAAGCGCCCAGCUAGAAUGUUCGAUGAGGUGCUGGGGAGAUGCGCGAAGUAUAUGAAUGUCGAAGAAGCGGAGGUCGAUUUCUCAAGAACAGUUAAAGGAAGUAAGGCUGACCCUCGAGAUGAGAGAAGGGAGAAGAAAGUUUCCUCGACUGGGGAAAGGAAAGGAUCCCCACGAGCAGAGAGAGAGGGACGAUCUAGGGGUUGGAGGCCAACUCAAUACACCCCUUUGUCGGCCCCCCAAGCGCGAAUUUUGGAGGUGAUGGAAAGAGAAAUUCAUGACAAUGUCGUCAGAUGGCCCAAGACAAGGAAGGACGGACCAAUGACACCAAAGAGUAAUCUAUAUUGCCGAUUUCAUAAGGACUAUGGGCACAAUACUGAUGACUGUAG